CAGACCGUGCUCAGGGGGCACACUUCUUCAGUAAUGUCGGUCUCGUUCUCGCCGGACGGCACUCGCAUCGUCACUGGUUCAAGGGAUCAGACUGUUCGGCUGUGGGAUGCAGGGACGGGGGAGCCGUCGGUGAGCCCUUGCGGGGGCACACUCAUUCAGUAAACUCGGUCUCGUUCUCGCCAGACGGCACUCGCGUCGUCACUGGUUCGGACGAUAAGACUGUUCGGCUGUGGGAUGCAGGGACGAGGGAGCCAGUUGGUGAACCCUCGCGCGGGCACACUCAUUCAGUAAUGUCGGUCUCGUUCUCGCCGGGCGGCACUCGCAUCGUCACUGGUUCGGAGGAUAAGACUGUUCGACUGUGGGAUGCAGGGACGGGGGAGCCAGUCGGUGAGCCCUUGCGGGGACACACUGAUUUAGUAAACUCAGUCUCGUUCUCGCCGGAUGACACUCGCAUCGUCACUGGUUCGAGCGAUAAGACUGUUCGGCUGUGGGGUGCAGUGAUGAGCCAGCCGUCGCAAUAUUGCGUGUCAGAUCCUUCAGCAUUAUCAAAUAAACAUCGCGUCAUGCAUCCCAUCGAGUCCACCACUCUCAUGACAUUGAGUACUUGGAACAAUCACUUCGUCUGCUUCUCGCCCAACUCUAUCCAUGCGUUGCGCAACACUUCUCGAUUAACGGAGGGAGCACUCCAUGACGAUCGCAGUUCGACCCCCUUUGUCGUAAAUGAUGACAGUGGAUGGGUGGUAGGGCCCAAACAUCAACUGUUAUUUUGGGUACCACCUGCUUCUCGAAAUUCAUUUUAGAGCCCGGGAACUUUAUUAGUGAUACCCAGAUGAACUUGAUUUGAGCCGCAUGAAACAUGGACAACACUGGAAAGAGUGCCGAGAGGAACCUUAGUACCAGCGAUGCUUGCGGCAAUGGAUUCAUUGUGGAGAUUUCGCAACAAUCAGACGUGAGCGAGUGUACAGUGGAUCAUACUUGGUGUUAUAUUCCAUACCCAACGAAUUUAGGA